GCAUGGCGGGAAAGUUCCAUCCAUCGCCAAUGCACGAACGUGGCUAUGUUGCUAGCAUCUCACUCUAUGGAGUAGCCUAAUGUCACAUUUUGUACUCCAGGAGACAGAGAGCCCUACCGUCACUCCGUUCCGGGAAAAAAUGCUCCCUCAUUGGCGCGCGCGCGGCAGUUGGACAGUGCCAAACUCCUGCACUUGCGAUUUCGUGCAUUCCUCUGAAGUGAUGGAUGUCCGUCUGACCUGUCCUUACUCCUGAGAUGAGGAAUAUCUCGAGGUGCGGACGCACUAGCGAAUAAUACUAUACUGCCGACUUCAGACAUAUUUGAGAGUCCCAUCACCAACACACAACAUUUGUUGUAAUGGAUAAACGAAGAUUGAACAAUUCAGAAGUUGGCUCCAAAUAAGGGAAAGCAUGGAAGUAAGAGAGAGAAAAGGAUCUGCGUUGGAGUAGGGACACAGCCAAAUGUAUCCUAAUGAGAGAAAGAGGAAUAUAUGGUGGAUAGUUGUAGAGCUUAAAAGUUUAAACAAACUGCAUGUCAGAAACCGCAGGCUGCUUCUAAAUGAAACCAGAGAAUGAUAUGGUGCUGGUUGUGACCCUCCUCAGCAUUGUGACUAUGAUCACUGCCUUAUUGAACGUUUCAGUCAUACUUGCGAUCAUGAACACCAAAGAACUCCACCUGCCCGCCAACUACCUGAUCUGUUCUUUGGCUGUCACUGACUUCCUGGUGGCCAUCUUGGUGAUGCCCCUAAGCGUCCUCUACAUCGCCACAAAGAGGUGGAUGUUGGGAUGUAUAGUCUGUGAGGCGUGGCUGAGCGUGGACAUGAUCUGCUGCACCUGCUCCAUCCUGCAUCUAUGUGCCAUCGCCCUGGACCGCCACUGGGCCAUCACCAACGCCCUGGAGUACGCCUGCAAGAGAUCCCCGCGCCGCGCCGCCAUCAUGGUCACCGUCGUGUGGACCAUCUCCAUCCUCAUCUCAGUGCCGCCUCUGUUCUGGAGGCACAGCGGGGAUGACAACUUCGGCAACUACACCAAGUGUAUCAUCGAGCAUGACCACAUCGGCUACACCAUCUACUCCACCUUCGGGGCCUUCUACAUCCCCAUGGCCCUCAUCCUCAUCCUCUACUACAGGAUCUUCAUUGCUGCCCGGACCUUGUACCACAAACAGAGCUCCUCUGGGAGCCUGUGUAAGAAGAGAGCUAGCAGCCACAACUGCCUCAGUAGCUGCUGCAUUGCACCAACGUCUCUCUGUGCGUCUGAGCUGUCUACCUCAGAUCCCGUGCUAAACACAGAGCUGAAUAGAGUCAACGAUCCCACCGGCCCAAGCCAGGUAGCGGGGGACUGGGGGACUUGUGAUGAGAGGACCCAGAUCUGUGCCUCCAGAGAGAGGAAGGCUGCCCUCACACUAGGCCUCAUCCUGGGGGCUUUUAUCCUAUGCUGGCUGCCUUUCUUUGUUAAAGAGUUGCUGGUGGGCAUCCGGGUGUUUCAUGCCUCAGCACAGGUGUCGGACUUCCUCACGUGGCUGGGAUACGUUAACUCACUCAUCAACCCCCUGCUCUACACCAGCUUCAAUGAGGACUUCAAAAAGGCUUUUAAGAAACUGCUCCGAUGUAACAAGCGCAAAUAGGACUGCUUUCUUGGCUGUGUCUGGGCUGAUUGUUGAUUGGCUGUAGAAAAUGUAUUAAAGAAGCCAAUUAACAUUCUGAAUCCUAGAAUACAAUUACUGUAAGAGUGGAGUAAAGAAUAUUUAUGAGUCAUGACAUGAUUGCGCCAUAAGCUAAAAAGAGCCUUUAAAUCUCAGACAUUUCAUGUGCUAUCCUCAAUGCGUAUUGAGUUACAUCUGCCAGGUCUAGUCUCCAACGCAACCAAGGUCGGGAGAUUUAAAAACACACCGGUAAACAGAAAGAUGAAGAGAUAGUACUGCAUCUUAAAGGGGCAAACAGCAGUUUAAACAAUAACAAAGCGGAGACCCCACCACUUUUUUGGUAAACAGCUGAAGGAUGGGGAUGGAGAAGUGUUAACACUCAAAUUCAUAGACAGAGCAAUUGAUGCAAGGACUGACCAUCCAUGAUAUCAAUAUUAUAGUUGUAUCUAUGUUUUGAGACUAUAAAGUGUUUGUUUACAAUUACAUUGUUUACAAACAAUGGAGUAAAACAAGCUUAUAUUUUGGGUUCUUAUGGGGUACAACAGAUGAAAUAUUACGUUUAGAUGUUAUGUGAUACUAGGAAUGUUGUCAUGUCAGAUGAUCAAACUUUAUGUAGCUGAAGAUAUCAAUCCCAACUCCUAUACCGAAAUAGCUAAUCAUUGUCUUACCCUUUUCCCUUCUUUUGCAACGCAGCAUGUGGCUUCAGAGGCGAUGUUCUUUGGGACCAACAUGGUUUUCUUGGACCGUAGU